UAAAACAACUUGAGGACAACAUCUCACUUUUGACCCUUUCACAGGGGCCUUACAAGGAGAUCAAAGGGGGUUAUAUAUGUUUGUUACUCAAGGGUGUACGUUCAUUCAGGGUGUUUACGAUCCUUAUCAAGCCCAAUUUGCUUGGGUCGGUCGUCGAGGGCUUGGUGCUUGCGACUUUCGCCGCUCUAACUAAACCUAAGCUUGGGCACCGUCGACCUCUCGACCUCACCCUACCUGGACAUCAGCUUUUAUCCAAGAAAUGUCUUCUCCGGACCAGAGCCCGCCAAAUGUGGCUGACAUAUCCUCGCCAUCGGCCCCAGUCCCAAGCGACUCGCCUUUGCCGCCAGUCUUCAGCUUCGCUAGGCUCUUCGAGCCCCAGUACCUUCUCGUGGUCUUGAGCGCGCUUGGCGUCAUCUGGGUCGGCGCCCAUGGCUCCCUCCGCCGGCCGCCCUCGGCCGCCCCGCCGAAAGUUAAGAAAGGCGAAAAGAAACGAGAGGAAGAAAAGUUCAUCGAAGGGCUUGUUGCAUCGGACGCCAUCCGCUUCCCACUCCUGCUCGCCGCUGUCUUGAUGGGGCUCUACUACCUGAUCCAGUGGCUUCAGGAUCCGUCCAUCUUGAACAAGAUACUCCGGGGCUACAUGUCCAUUAUGUCCAUUACCGGCCUGGGCGCGCUUGCGGGCGACGCCUUGGACGUUCUCACGAGCUUGGUCUUCCCGACAAUGUGGGCGGACGGCAAGGGCCAGGUCUACCACAUCGACUCCCACCGCCGUUGCCAGUACGUGGUCGACAAGGAGACUGCUGAGGAAACCGUUAUCAACAGCAAGGAUACACCACUUCCGGGGCGUCUGUCCGACUUGACGUUGUCACCGGCCCUGAAACGGUUCUUAUGGGAGCUGCGCCAUCUGCUCACCCGGGAUUGGACGGCCCGGCUUGCUGUUUACGGGAAGACUCUGGCCAAGGUGGAUUUCCAUGUCAACGAUCUGCUCCGCUUUGCCAUCGCCGGGCUUGUCGCCGCAGCAUACCAUUGGACCGGAUGGGAUGCGCUUUCCAACCUGCUCAGCAUGGCUAUGUGCUAUUUCUCCUUCCUGAUGUUCUCUCCCACAUCGUUCACCAUCGGGACCAUGGUUCUAGCCAGUCUCUUCAUUUACGAUGUCGUCAUGGUAUUUUACACCCCCUACAUGAUCACGGUCGCCAAGAACAUCGACGCGCCGAUCAAGCUCGUCUUCACCAGCGCCAAGGGUGCUAGCAUGCUCGGCCUGGGCGACAUUGUCGUCCCCGGCAUGCUGAUGGCGCUCGCCCUGCGCUUCGACCUCUUCCAGUACUACCAGAGACAGAUCAGGCUGGAGCCGGUCGAGCUCGCGACGGAGACCGCCUCCGGGACCUCCACCACCACGACGCAGAACCGCCGUGUCAAGGCUCCUUACGUCGACACCCGCGGCCAGUGGGGCAACCGCUUCUGGACGACGCCUCUCGGCCGCCUCUCUCCCGUGCGCGACGCCGCCGAAGCCAUCUCGGCGACCGCGUUCCCAAAGCCCUACUUCUACGCCUCGGUCGUGGGGUACGCCGCCGGCAUGCUGGUCACGCUGACGGUCAUGCUCGUCUUCAACCACGGCCAGCCGGCGCUGCUGUACUUGGUGCCCGGUGUGACGGGAUCGCUGUGGCUGACGGGGUUGGUGAGGGGCGAGGUCAAGGACAUGUGGAACUACACCGAGGACGGGAGCCUGGAUACGGAGGAUGUGAUUGUGGUAGUUGAGGUAGACGCCGAGGGUAAUAUUGUGAAGGAGAGCAAGGAGAAGGAGAAGGGGACGGAAAAGGAGAGCGGGAAAAGCGAGGACGGGCGGGUUCAGGAAACUGCUGGCAAGGAUAAGGAGACGGAGCGGGGAGAAGAACAGGAUGCGAUCACAGCCGGGCAUCAUGAGCUGUUUUUGUUUUCGAUAACUGCACCGCGAGCGGUGGCGUCGAUGCCUUAGAUCCGGCUGAAAGAGGAGAAGAAGAAGAAGAAGUGGUGCCAAUAGCUGAUUGUUUUGGAAUUCAACGGCAACAAUGCUUGAUGGCCCCGCAGCUUGACAGCCUGGACUGCAGCCGUGGCUCGGCAACAUCACUCCGGAACAAAAAUGGCUUG